UUCAAACUCAACUCCUCAAAUGUGUCUCAGGCUACUCCCUCUGCUGUUUUGAUUGCAUUUAUAAGACUGCUAUUCAACUUUUGUCUUUUUUUCAAAUAAUGUGACAAAUAUAUUGAAAUAGCAGCCACCUCUCUCGGGCUGUCUGACGGACGUCUUUGUCUGUCAGAUGUCUUUGCAAUGACGCCGGUUUACUUCCACAAUAAUAGCAUCCCUGUCUGUGAAGACAUGUCUUUUUCUAAACAAAGCGUGUAUUUUGAAUGUCUCACUUGAUCACACUUUUUACCACGAAACACGAAAGUCAUAAGGCGACUUUUGUCAACUAAAAAGCGUCGAUGUUCGACGUACCAAUCCAUUUAUUUUAGCGGUUUCCGUUUAAAAUGUUGUCAAGGGACUCGGCUGGGCCAGCGAGUCCGAGCACCGGAGUCAAUGAGCAGAGACGACAGGGAUUUGAUGUUCAGGAGUCUCUUGACGGCUCCAAAUACGAGGGCGAAUUUCUUAAUGGCCUCAAACACGGCAAGGGAAGAUACACCUCGAAAAGUGGAGAGUUCUAUGAAGGCUCUUUCUACAAAGACUACAGACAUGGUGAUGGAGUAUACUGCUGGCCAUCAGGCCACAAAUUCAUUGGUAAAUUUUACCUCAACUGGAGAGAAGGAUAUGGACAACAACUGUUUCCAGAUGGAGCUACAUUUAAGGGUUUGUACCAUGCAGACCAGAGGUUCGGUCCAGGUGUGCUUAGUAAACCAUCAGGACAUCAGGAUGUGGGUCUUUGGCAUGGGAAACAUUUGCUACAACUUUGCAACUCUGUACAAGACAGCUUCAGCCUGAAAAACUUUGAAUAUGCUGACUACUUGGAUGAAACUACUGCUGCACCUUGUCACAUUCAGGUAGACACAGAUGAGAGCUGGCUGCUUCAUACCCUCUCCUCUGAUAUUGAGAGUUAUUGUAUAAAUGGUGACCACCUGCCAUUGCCUCCAGAGCGUAGAAAAGAGUUUGACCAACAUUUUUAUGGCAAACUAUGGGAACCUGAUUUUUACACGUACCAAGGCUAUAAACGAGACCCACAGGCUAAUAUGCCUUUAAAAACCCGAAUGUUGGCGCACAUUCAGAAACACAGACAGCACGCUGACAAUUUAGACUGGGAUGUUUCAGCUGUUCUUUCAUUAGAAAGGGACAGUUUUGGACCUAAGGGACCUUUGGAAGUGAGAUCAGAGCUGUUGAUCAACCAGGCUUCCAGAGGAGAACGACAGGCUGUUUUGAAGAGUCUUAUCGAUGGGGUUAUUCAUCCUGAUGUAGCAGAUUCUAAGGGACACACUGCACUGAUAGCUGCCACUGUAAACUGCCAUAAUGAGGUCAUUCAGCUGUUGUUAGAUAUGGGUGCUGACAUUGACAGGGCAAAUAGCGAGGGGAUGACGGCCUUGUCUGUAUGUCAUGUCCUCUACUAUCCUUUUCAGUCUCUGUGCACGCUUGCUGGACUUGUACCCAAAACUCAAAUCAGCCCUGUGGACUCCAGUACGGACUACACUAAUGGAAUAAGAGGAAAAGUAAGAACCAGUUUGGAAGAAGGUGCCGUUGAGAUGAGAGAUUUUUUCGAGGCUGAGGGGAGUGGUUGUGAUGAGCGUGAAAAAGGGGAGGGAGAAGUACUGCUUUCCCAACUGUCUGUUCAGGUGAUGGAUGAGCACAUUGUACUAGGUAGUGUGAAGUGGAAAGGAUACCCUUCUGGAAAUGUUCAGCAUGACUGUAACGACGAGGCCCAAGCACAAUCAUUUCCCUCAACCUGCUCCGUGUACAGCUUUAACAUAAACGUCACGGGGGAAGUUCUGCAAGAAGCAGCUGAAGCUCUGAGUCAAACUGGCUUUUGCCAGGAUGCUGAUACUCAGGAUACUGUACGAAGAAUGGCUGCAAUUAAAUUUAUGCACCGUCUUCGUUUGACCACAUUGAAUCUCCUAUUGGAUCAGGGAGCUGACCCUAAUAUAUGCAGAGUCCCCUUACCUGUCCUGUUUUUGGCCAUUAUGGCGGCGGAUACUGAGACUGUCAAGAAACUUCUACUGUGCGGAGCUCGAACAAAUAUCGCUCUCCCACCAAAGCGGAAAGGCUUCUAUCCCUUGCAUGUGGCUGCAGCACUGCCAGGUCCAGAAGGUCCAAAAAUCACAAAACUGUUGCUACAGAUAAAUGCUUUAACAAACCCAGAUGCACGGGCAUGUGACCAAGACGACAUCUAUGAACUUGAUAGGCUGUCCUUGUUGACAAGACAAUCAUGGAGGAGGGAUGAGAAGCCAUGUCCAAAAGAGGGAGGUCAAACAGCUUUGCACAUAGCCUGCCAGAGAGACACUGAUCACUGUAAUGCCAGCAAGGUAGUUUCCCUCCUACUCUCCUACAAUGCAAGCACAGACUUCCUUUGGAGUGGACAUUCUCCGCUCUCUCUGGCGAUAGCAAGUGGCAAUAACAUGGCAGUGGAGGAGCUGUUAAAAGUAGGUGCGGAUCCCAACUUACCCUUGGGUCGCGGAGUGGGCAGUGCCCUUUGUGCCCUUGGAAACUCCAACUACCAUUUAGAUGACGACCGACCAAAACUGCUGGACAUUUUAGAAAAGGCUGGUGCUGACAUCUUGAUGCCAGUUCAUGUCGGUGAUAACGUAGGGACUGCAGUGGACUAUGCACACCAGUCCUUCAACCAGGACUCCGGUAUCGCACACACACCGUAUCAUGCUCUCAGCAUGGAGGAGCGAGAAGUAUUUAAAAUACGACGCCAGUUGCUGAGCAUGAUGGCAAAUCUACUGAGAAGGGCGGCCGCCCAGAGAGAAAGGGAGCAACUAGAAAUGGAAGACGUACCAUCCCGUUCAUUCCUAUUUCCAAUUCUGAAUCUUCUUCUCAGAUCACCAUCAUUUAAGUUCUGUUAUCACUGUGGUCGCUCUGCCACUGUGAAGUUAACAGCUUGUACUCGUUGCCGCAAAGUUUUUUACUGCUCUAUUACUUGUAAACUGAAAGCCUGGGCGGAGAAACACAAGGAAGAGUGUCUGCGGGAGUCAGGAGCUGCUUACAACUUCGACAAGAGAGUCAUGUUUCAGACUGAAAAAGGACGGAAGGGUUCAUCUGUCCUGUUGUCUAGAAGACCGUUUCAUGUCCAGUUUAAAUCCAAUGUUUUGCUUAUUGGAGACAACAUCUCAGAGUGGCAAUCUAUUAAUGUGAAGGAAAACUACAGCUACAACUGAGGG